GGAGGCCCCGCCCCGCGGCUUGUCGUCACGGCGCGGCCCCGCCCUCCGCAGUCCCCGGAUGAGGCAGGGCUCGGAGCCGGGAGCGGUCGGGGCGAUGGUGCUGUUGUGACAGAGGCAGAUUUUGAGCAGAAGGGGACUGAAUACUUCAGCUGCGUUCACACGAUCAUCUUGAAUUUGAAUCAAGGGGACUACAGGCCUGUUUGAAUUGAUCAUGGACAGUGAAGAAAUCCCAACUUUUUCAAGUCCAAAGGAGGAAACUGCUUACUGGAAAGAGCUUUCUUUUAAGUACAAACAAAGUUUCCAGGAGGCACGGGAAGAGCUGGCUGAAUUCCAGGAGGGAAGCAGAGAAUUGGAAGCAGAAUUGGAGGCCCAGCUAGUGCAGGCUGAACAGAGGAAUAGAGACUUGCAGGCAGAUAACCAAAGACUGAAAUACGAAGUAGAAACAUUAAAGGAGAAACUUGAACACCAAUAUGCACAAAGUUACAAGCAAGUGUCAUUAUUGGAAGAUGACCUGAGUCAAACACGAGCCAUUAAAGACCAACUGCACAAAUACGUAAGGGAACUGGAACAGGCCAAUGAUGACCUAGAGCGUGCAAAGAGGGCAACAAUAGUUUCACUGGAAGACUUUGAACAAAGACUGAACCAGGCUAUUGAAAGAAAUGCGUUUUUAGAAAGUGAGCUGGAUGACAAGGAAUCAUUGCUAGUUUCUGUACAGAGGUUAAAGGACGAAGCAAGAGACUUACGACAAGAGUUAGCAGUACGGGAAAGGCAGCAGGAAGUUACUAGGAAGUCUGCUCCUAGUUCUCCAACUCUAGACUGUGAAAAGAUGGAUUCAGCUGUCCAGGCAUCUCUGUCUCUGCCAGCCACGCCUGUUGGAAAAGGAUCAGAAAAUAGCUUUCCUUCCCCAAAAGCUAUACCGAAUGGGUUUGGUACCAGUCCCCUAACUCCUUCUGCUAGAAUAUCUGCUCUCAACAUUGUUGGGGAUUUGCUGCGGAAAGUCGGGGCUUUAGAAUCCAAAUUGGCUGCUUGUAGAAAUUUUGCAAAGGACCAGGCAUCACGGAAAUCAUACAUUUCGGGGAAUGUUAAUAACAGCAUGGUGAGCAGCAACAGCACAAAAUACUCUCACCCAGGGCAUACGUCUUUUUUUGACAAAGGGGCAGUAAAUGGUUUUGACCAAGGCCCGCCGCCAGGCAUCGGAUCCUCCAGACCAUCUUCAGCUCCAGGAAUGCUCCCUCUGAGUGUAUGAACAGCCAGGAGGUUGGGUUUGGACUUUGAAUCAUUUUCUCAGACAAACAAGAACUGCUUCUAAUUCCUUCCUGUUACUGCCCCUUGCCGUGCAGAAUGGCCCUGCUGCCUGCCUGCUGCCCAGAGGAGACCCCAGCGCACACACCCUUCACUCAACUGUAAAAGAGUUUAUUUUCUCCUCUUCCCGUAGUGAACAUUCUCUAACAUGGUCACAUCUAUUCUGAGUCACAUAAGCUGAUAAGUGUAUUAUUCUGUUUCACUGGUCACAGGAGUCUCACUGCUUAGAACUUGACAAGUCAGUCCUAAACCCUUGGUAACUUUUCUAUCUUAGGUUUAAUAGAGCACACACUCUGACUGACUCUACUUACAAAUCCUGCCCCCACCAGCAACCUGGCUUUAUGACGCACGCAGCCAGGGUGCUAUCAGGAAUGAUUUUAAAGGGAUGUUUGGUAAGGUUUAGACAUUAAUCCUACUGGACAUUUGCAUCUUGGAUUAAUACUCCUUGCCUCAAAUAAAUUUAAUCUUCCUUGUUAAUGAAACUUUUAUGCAUCAAAGGAGUCUUGAUUUGAGACCUAAACAAGUCACCAAUUUGAUUGGUAUAGCCCCUCAAAAGCAUUCAAACUGUUCAAGUCUGUGUAAUAUAUAAAGACUAGAUUUUAUAGUGUCACCUAUGGGCUUUUGUGACAGUUUUGGACCAUUAUGUACCUUGUGGGUCUUUAAAGCAAUGUAUUUGUGCAAUUUCUCUGUCUUUAUAUGUGCCUCAAAGUUGGUGGAUUUUAAAAUGAACAAGGAAGCCUGACAGUGGUUUGGUCUGUGGGUUUAAAAAUAUUCCUGUCCAAUCUAUUCCAUCACAUCCAUUUAGCUUUGCAGAUUCAAUUUCUAGGAGCUCUGUGGCUCAUUUACAAAUGCUGACUAAGACUCUUGCCCACGAGGAAGAGAGGGCGGUGCAGAUUCACCACGUCCCAUCAGGGUUUUGUACAUCCCUUUUUCCUGUGCAUCCUUUGCUGCAUUUGACUGUUUACAUUUGUUUUAUUGUAUAUAGGUUUGUAAACAUAAUAUCUUUGCCUAAGAUAUUUGUAUAUAACUUGGGCUUUGUAGCUUUAUUUAUUCAGAAUCUCUAUGGCAUGUUUAAAUAAGAUGGCAUACCAUUAAUACAGCGGCACCAAGAUCAUGUGGUCUAAAAAGAGAGAGAGAAAUCUUUCAAAAAUAAAGUUCUUUUAAUGUGGAA